AUGUCACCUAUAGCAGCUGCACAUGACAAUCUAUUCGAGUCACCGCUUGACCUCGUCCCUCGACAAGCUUCCUCUCUUGUCGACUCCGCCUUCUCACAAGUCGAUUCGGACUCGACGACGACGAGGCCCGUGAACACCCCAGCAGCUCGCGAUGGGUUCGUGCAGGUCAGGGAGAGGAAGCGCACCCUUCGACGCUCGACCAACCCAGACGAGGAUUCAAAAGCAAGAUGGGCUUCCACAACCCAUUCAACCGCUGUCAAGUUACCCCUCUACGAAUCUCCGACUCUCUUGCGCAGCCGCGGUUUGCCGUCCGGUUUGUCCUCACCGCAGCCUAUACUCAUACGGCGCAGUUUGAGCUUGGAGCCGAAUGAUACUCAGAAGGUCACGCUGAGAGUCAGUUGUUUCAUUCACUCAGUUUUGGAUUACUGUACGCUGGCUGAAGUUCGAGCUUGGUGUUGCUCGCACAGGUCAUCGCUGCUGUGAGUGAGGAAUCGGUCUGGCCCGGCAACUCAACUUGCGAGCGAGCGGUUCGCUUCAGGAGCUUCGUGCAUGCACCGACCAAAGGCCAUGAUCGCACCCUCGUUGAAUGACCCCUACGACUCUCUCUGAGCUCAUCAAAUCCCGCGCUCUUCCAUACCCACAUAGUAUGUCGUCAUUAUCGCCAUCCUGUGGCACGUACCAGUCCGCAAGUCUCACUUUUCACUCUUCACCGGAAGAUCUUUCCCAGAAUUUGUGCUGGAAACCUGACACUCGUUUGCUGACGCUGAUCGGAUCACUAUCCGUGACAGUAAAAUGGAUCUUGUACCCUCUCAAGAUGCUCACGAUCGCUUUCCAUGAGGUGGGCGAUUCAUGCAGUAAGGCGUGAAACUAUGGUGGCUGACAAUCUGCACCGAUGCGUUCCGUCCACAGUUUGGCCAGUGAGUUGUGAUAUGAUGAUAAAGUCGUCAUUCUGGACCAUCACUGUCGAUCAGACGCUGAGUAUGCAUAUGAUUCAUGAUUUAGCGCUGCGACGGGAUGCUGCACUGGCGCAAGGAUCAAGAGCAUCACUCUCGAUCCGCGAGAAGGCGGCUGCACAAUGAGUGAAUUUGUUCGAGCAAUCUCUGAUCUCUCAAAGUCGUUACUCACAUGCAUAAUUCAAUCAUCCAGUGUCCGGCGGCAUCUCCGCCAUCACGCUCCCGGCAGGCUAUCUCGGAUCUUCGUUGAUAGGAGCGCUCCUCAUCUUCUGCGGAUUCGACAUUGUCGCGUCCAAAAUCGCCUCGUUUGUGCUUGCGGUAGCGUUCAUUAUCAUUCUAUGGUGGGGAAGAAAGGAUUGGUUGACGAUCGUGACGAUCUUGGUUUCGGUCGGCCUCUUGGUUGCGGGAUGGUUCAUCGCUCAUGGAGCUGCGGUGAGUUCGGUCCACCUCCCUAACCUCGAGAGAAGAGCACUCCAGCUGACGACGAUGAAGUAUGAGCGACUAGUUGCGAUAUGAGGUUCUGUUUAUUGGUGUCAUGUCAGCCCUGUACUCAGUAUGGGAUAUUGUGAGUUCGCCCCAGCCUCAGUUUUCUUUUUACAUACUCGUGCUAACCUGUGCUCGACUUUGAUGCCCAGUUCGACGAUGUACGUACCCAGGUAAGGAUAUACUGCGCUCAAAGCUCAGAGUGCUGAGUGUUGUGACCUUCCCAUGUAUCUCACAGCUCAUCCUCCGCAAGGUUAACGAGUCCGAUGCCUCCGUCUUCGCAAAGCGCUACGGUGGCUCGUCAGCGUGCUGGGGGGUCCUCUGGGCGAUCGUGUCCGUCGUCUUCAUGGCGGCAGGGAUCUUAGUGAGUCAUUUCAAAACAUGCAGAAGCCCAUCUUCCGGAGAAUCCGCCCUGAUUUUCUUCUGCUACUCGUCCCGCAGUGUGGCCUCUUGGUUUUCAAAGACUCUUUCUCCGAACAAGCGGCCGACAGCGCAAAGUUUUUGCCCACCCGUCUGCUCUUUUAG